ACGCCCUGGAGUCAUGUGACCUGGUCCAGCUGGACUAAACACCGAAACUUUCCCUGCUUCGUGUCGGAGAAAUCAAAACACCUUCUGAAGCGUGUGUGUGUGAGUUUGUUUUGUGUUGGCUUUAACACCGUCCCUGGAGUGUGUAGUACAGCUUGUUUGUGGAUUCUGUUGCGGAAAAGACUGUCGAGUUGUGUUUUAGCUGCCGGAUGCUUCUAUUAAACAGGGUUGAUAGACUUCGAGGCAGAGCUGGAACCUGGCACAGAGUCUGGAGAAGGCAGAGGAGAGACAAUGCUCCAGGAGGAGACGGACACUCAGAGACGAGAAGCCUACAGCGUGUCUCGUCUACGAAGCUCCUCUAUAGAGAUUAGAGAGAAAGGCACAGAGUUUCUUCGAGAACAGCUGGAUGCUGCGCAGAAGGAGUUGAAGCUAAAGGGGGAGGAAUGUGAGCGACUGUCGAGUCUGAGAACUCAGCUGGAGCAGGAACUGGAAGAAUUGACUGCAAGUCUCUUUGAGGAGGCUCACAAAAUGGUUCGAGAAGCAAACGUUAAGCAAGCAGCUGCAGAGAAGCAACUGAAAGAGGCACAGGGCAAGAUUGAUGUGCUACAAGCAGAAGUGACCGCACUAAAGACCCUUGUGUUGACCUCCACACCGUCCUCCCCUAAUCAUCAGCUCCACCCACAGCUACUGUCCCCAAAGUCCAGAGGAGCAUCGUCUCGGCCUGGAGGACACACGCGCCACAAGAGCGCCACCCUCUGUCUGCCUCAGCUACAAUCUGAGUGUCCCAGUGAAAAUGCAUACACGAGCCGGGAAGAAAAAGAGUUGGACUCUGUGUUGUUUGCCGAGUUUUUGUCUUGGAGAGAGAAGCCCAGUCUGGACCGGUCAUCCGCCUUCCUGACCCGGAUCUACAAAGAGGACAUCGGACCCUGUCUCUCUUUCACAUGCUCAGAGUUGUCUCGGUCUGUUCAGAGUGCGGUGGAGAAUAACUUUCUGACUAUCGAGCCCGUUGCUUUGACGGCGUCGCCCGUGGACAAGGCCUCGAGUAUUGAGUGUGGAGGACUAAAUGGCUGCAGAGCUCCGGUAGAGACGAAGUGCGCCCUGAGUGGAAUGUCCCAUCUCUGCCGACAUCGCAUCAAACUGGGAGAUAAGGAGAAUUAUUACUACAUCUCUCCCUCCAGCAGAGCUAGGAUCACGGCAGUGUGUAACUUCUUCACGUACAUCAGAUAUAUCCAGCAGGGGUUGGUCCGACAUGACGCUGAGCAAAUGUUCUGUGAGGUGAUGCGCUUGAGGCGGGAGAUGUCUACGGCCAAGUUAGGCUUCAUCUUUACAGACCAGAACUGAAGGACACACAGAUUUUCUCCACUCAGCAGAUUUCUCAUACAUACACUCUGUUAGUGAGUCAGUGACUGUUACUAUUAUAACAAGGUGAGAGGAAUUCUGCAACAAUGAUGAUGAUGGUGGUGAUGAUGAUCAGUAUUGGACCUGAGUGAGAUCCUUCUAUUUUCUUACUAUGGAGGGAGGAUGGAAUUUACAAUGGGUUUGUUUUUAGAUUAUUUGUUGGUGCAGACACAGUUUACAGAACUUAAGGUCCUCAUAGUCGGAACCUGUUCAGUGCAUUUAUCGAAAUAAGGUGUCACACUAUCACCUGCUUCUGCACUACACGCCAAUGCUGCCUGAGAGAAAUCGCUUAGCACACAACAUAGAUGUUGUUCCGACGUCCAUUAGAGCCGGUCGGUGCCUAAUAAUCGGCUGUAAUAUAUUUAUUGGGUAAGAAGUAUUUUCUAGAAUUUUUAAAAGAGCACAUAAAGAGAAAUGAAGGCACUUAGCCACAGAUUUAUUGUAAUCAUCAUUAUAAACGUAUUUUAUGAAAGCUUAACCUGGGCUUAGAAAAACUUUGAAUAUCCAGGACACAAUUAUUACCAAUGCAUGGAUUUUUAGCACAUAUAAUUAGGUGGGAUUAUGGUUCAAACGUAUGUUGUUGUUGUUUUUUUUUCUUUUAAUAAUAUUUGUGUGGUUUGACAAUCAGAAUGGCUUCUAAAUAUCAGGACCUAUAUAUCAUGUGUCAAUAUUUUUAGUAGGUCAAGGAGGACGUUGUGUCAUUCGAUCAAAUCUCUUUGGACUAAAUGAUUUUCAGAGCUUUGUACAACAUUUUUAUAUCUUUAGAAACAAAUCUGUUUAACAAUUCAAGCUUACAUCAUUUAAUUUUCUUUAUGUUUAUGUUUACAUGUAACCGCCUUGCCUAAUGGUUUAAUACAGAGAAAUAAAAUAAGUGUAACGCUGA